CCACCGUCGUGUUGUGAUGGAAACAUUUCUACACUCACUCGGAUUUAUUCACGUGCACGCAUCCUUUCUUUCUCAAUAGGGGGGAGAAGUAAAAAACAAACAUCCACAUAUCACUAAUCGUAUGUGUAUAGACUGUAUGUGGAUCGGUGAAGAGAACGGCGGGUGGAUGUGAGGUGUGUGUGUGUGUGUGUGGAUGAGUGUAUGAGUGUGUGUUACAGCCGCGGUGUGUUUGUUGUCUGCGUGCAGGUGAGAAGAGGACAGUGCGCGCGCGCUCUGCACCGCUCACACUCAUCUCCUUCCUCGUUUACAUAAACGUCACGCGCAGGAAUCGCAUCGCACGCGCAGGUGGCUCAAAUUCAAGCCGGCCCUUCUGUGUGUAUGUGUGUGUGUUUGUUUGUGUGCGUGUGCGUGAGCUAUGGUGGCGAGCAUGGCAAAUUUCGGCGACACGAAAGAAGUAGAAGACGGAAAUGGAGAUAUUCCCGCUUCGGACCUGAAAGACAAUCAGACUGACAAUGAGGACAACAGCUCAGAAAGUGCAGAAUCAUCAUCAGAAGAGAGCGCAGAUGAAGAAGAGGAGGAAGAAGAAGAAGAGGCAAAUGAAGGGGAUCCAGAAAACGUGGAAUCAUACGCUGAAGGAGUCACUGCCGACUCACAAACAGAGACUAGACCAGACAGGAGGAAUGGAGACCACAUGAAGCCAUUCUGUGAAAAAUGUAACAUUGUUCAGAGACCAGUCUACCAGCUUGUCACACCAAAAGAAAUCUGCGAAAAUCGAUGGCAGUUGACACUAGAGGACGAGGGAGUGUACGAGUGCUCGGAGACAGGGCUGGUGUUUGAGGUGUCUCAGAGGGUCCAGAUCCGCUACCGUGUCCUUUCCUGGAGCAAGUUCGGCGCUUUCCUGAGUGACUCGUGGAGGUUUGCCGGGCCCAUUUUCGACGUGGACUGUGAUUCUUCCAUCCUCAAGUCCAUCCAGUUUCCUCAUUCACUCUGUCUGGCAGAUCAGGACAACGAGGUGAAAUUCAGUGUCCUGCACGUGAAGAACCACAAGGGCCUCAUCGAGCCUUCAGUUGAUCACUCGCGCAGUCAUAUAAAGUGGAAUGUGUCGUCUCUGUCUCCGGUGGGGCCGGUCGUACAGACGUCUAAGCCAGCCGAGCACCACGGUGUUGUCCAGGUCUAUAAGGAAGUGGGCCAGCAGGACUCGUACUCCUUCAGGGUCUACCUCGCUACCAACAACGACUCUGACAUCGCUGACAUUAGAAAAGAGGUAAGGACGGCAAAGAAAAAGUACAUGAAGAUCGAGAAGCCGCCUCAGUGCCAGAAGCUGCUGGAGGAGAACAGGAAGUACCGUCUGAUCAGUGAGCCCCAGGGGGACAUCACACCUGAGAACAUCCAGUUCACGCUGGCUGUGGUGAAGAUUAAGGGUUACUUCGAGGCAUUCUUCGAACAGCGUCCUCCUUUCAGGCUCUCACUAAUUGAAGCAGAGUCGGAGCAAAGCGUGUGGUCCGCUACCAUUCGAGAAGGUGACUGUGUGGAGAAUACUGUUGAAAAAAACCGAAGCCGAUCAUGCAGUCGGAAGCGAAACUCCAGCAUGUCGGACGUGGAGCUGACCAGUAAGAGACCUCGGUGGUCUGAUGAAUCAGUCUGUGUGAGCACCAAAGAGGCAGACAUGAGCGAUAAGCAACUGAUGCAGGUGGCCAAAUGCAUAGGAAAGGAGUGGAAAUGUGUUGGCAUCUCCUACCUGGAGCUGACCAAACAAGACAUGGAGGACAUUGAGAUAGCAACUAAGGGGGGCCAGGUCAUGAUGAAUUUCCACAUGCUGGAUCGCUGGAGGAGCCGGCAGUCUAAGGGAGAGGCCGGAGUCAUGCAGCUCUAUGAGGCACUGAACCAGGAAGAUGUGCCCAGAGAGGUCAUCGACAGACUGGACGAUAUGCGACGCAGUGACUCCCCUAAAUAAGUCCAGAACUUGUUCUUGGGUGGAUGCAUUUCUGGACUUUGUAGAUCUCAGCCCUGCAUUCUGGAGCCAUCAGCUUUAAGACUGUGUAUCCCUCAGGGUCUGUCCAAUUUCAGAAUUAUUCCUCUUUUUUGGUGGGGAGUAAUCCAAAAAAAUUCCUAGAUUCAUUUUGACAGCUAUUUGUGGAAAGCUAUUUGGUGUGUAUGAAUGGGAAAAUGCAGGCCAGAAACAUUCAUUCUUUUAUGAAGCACAGAUGAAGGAUAGUACACAAUAAUAAUAAUAAUAUGGUGCUUCACAUACACCAUGGGAGCUGUGCUCUGUAACUACUUGAGUGUAUAGGUUCUAUAUCCCUGUGUACUGUCUACUUUUUGUUCAGUUUUAUUUUUUUACACAUUUCAGUUUUUUAUCAUGUUAUCUUUGUGGCAUUAUAUAAACCACUCCAGAUAUUGUGUUGACUCAGAGGAACGCUUGAUCAUGUUUACCCAUUAAGCUUUUGGAGCAUUUGGACCAAUUUUUUGUUCACUGUUGAUAACAUUUAGUGUGUUUUUUUUUUGGUUUUGUUUUUAUUUUUAGUUGUGGUAGCAAAAAGAGUACUGGUAGCUUAUGGAAAAUUUAGUAACACUUUCUAUGAAGGCUAUAUGGCAUUACACGAAUCGUUAUAAUUAUUAUUUAUGACAUAAGGGCAAAGGUUAAAACACAGUAUGUUAGUAAUAUUAUUACUUAGGGCACAUUAUAUCACUGUUAUGUCUGUUACUCAUAAUGCAAACUUGGGCACUGAUAUAAUGUGUUAUGAACUUAUAAUGCAUAAUGUAAACAAUUCAUAAUGCAUAAUAAAGACAGCUAUAAAGUGUGAUGCAUUUUCAUAAACAAGUAUAGAAAUAUGUAUACUGCCUUAUGAAUGCAUUAUAACCGUCAUGAAAAGUGUUUUAUCCUUCAAAUACCGCAGCAAUCCUUUGGAACAUCCUUGUUUGCUUCUCUUCGUUUUGGCUAAGAUCAAGUGUAGUACAACCCAAAUUGGGUUAUUUUUAGCCCAAAGGCUGGGUAAAUAUAGGACAGAACACUAUUUGGGCUAAACUAAACCAUCAAUCAUGGUCAAAAAACAGGCUAAAGGUCAGGCGAUCGACAAGCAAGGUAGACAGGACAAAGGCAGAAUAUGAAAAUUGAGAAACUGGGAACAAUAAGAUCAAAGAACCGGAAACGAGAACACAGAACAAAGGCUCGGUAGCGCACUGGCGACAAAACACGGAAACAAUACUUCGCCCAGAAAGACACACGAAGACACACAGGGUUUUAAUUAUAUAGCGAAAUCAAAGGGCAUAACACAAAACAGCUGAGACAUUAAGAAAGAACCAGUAACAUAACGGGGGCGGAGACAGGACAGAAACCAUAACAAACACACUUGUCAAAAGUGAACAGUCAAUGAAAACCCGGAAGCGUGCGCUUUCACGCUUCAGGUAGUCCAUGCGUGCCGAGGGGAUUUCUUCGGAGGGAAAAUCCUUGACAAUAACAUUAUGAAUGUUUUCGUAAUCAUUGAUAUGACCUUCAGAGAAAGUUUUACUGAAUUUUUUUCUUUUCUAUUUUUCAGUCAUUUCUGUGUACUGUAAAUAGUAUCUGUGUAUUUUUUUUUUUUUUUUUUUUUUUAGGUCUGUGUAUAAAUUCACUAGUUGUAUAUUUUCAUUCUUUCUUUUUUUUCUAAUAUGUAAAAUAGAUUCCAUAGAGUGGUUACUGCUGUGCAGUCUGAUGCCAUCUGAUCUCAGAUGAAGAGAAUCGCAGAUCAGAUUUCAUCACAGGGGUUAAAAUGUAUGUCUCUAUGUAUGUCUCUAUAUUAGGGCUCAUCAUUCAUCCAUUCGUUCAUUCAUAUUAAGUAAGUGCUUUAUCCCGUUCAGGAUCGUAGUGAAUGCGGAGACUUUAUCAGGAACUCUGGGUGUGAAGCGGGAAUACGGAACAAACGAGGUGCCAGUUCAUCGCAGGGCAUCACGUGCACAUUUACACAUGCACUUACACCCAGGAGCAAUUUAACAAAGCCAGUCUACCUACUGGCAUGUUUUUGGGAGGUGGGAGGAAACCAGAGAACUCUGAGAAACCCAAACAGACACGGGGAGAAAAUGUGAAACUGCCCGCAGACAGCAAGCCGAUCUCAGGAUCGGACAAAGACUUUUAAAAACAUGUUCUUUUUUUUCUCAAACUCGGUCACAAUACCAAGAACUAUGGUCUCAGUGUACAGUCAUUCACAGUACUUGCAUGUCUAAUUGUGGCUGCUUCUGUAUUCUUCACUACAGAUUUUAGCAAAUAGCACUGGCUGCAUUUUUGUUCAACCUAAAAAUUAGUUUGUCAUCUAGGCAUUGUUGGGACUGAGAAUAUUAAUUAAUUAAUGCUGGUGUGGAUUAGAUUCUGAUACAGAAUGCCAUUUUGAACACAGUCCAUGGCUUAGCACUGUACUACAGACAUGUAAUUCCCCGCAAAUUUAAGACAAAUACCAAAGUGUAGUUAAGUAAAAAUCGUAAAAAUCAUAGGGUCUGUUCUGGGUGUUUGGAUGCGGUUAUCGGAAAAUGAUGAAUGACGGGCUGGUGUGAGCUACUCUUAAAACCCUGAAGUCGAUAAUUUUCCUACAACAGCAUGUCCCAAAGUGUUUUAUUCUUCAAUCCUUUGGGACGUCUACAAAAGAAGUUAGUUCGCUUCUCUGCCUUUUAGCAGAUCAAGUGUAGUACAGUAUAUGUUCUUAUCAGGGCAGUGGUAGGUCAAAUGUCAUCUUAUCAAGUGUAAAUAUCUUGAACAUAGUCUAAUUUAUCUACACUCUACAAACACUGGGUUAAAAACAACCCAAAUUGGGUUAUGUUUUACCACUCACCCAGCAGGUGGGUUAUACAAAACUACCCAAAAACUACCCAAGAGCCAUUAAAUGGCCCAAAAGGCUCAACCCAGCGUUUGGCUCGAAAAAAUAACCCAGCAUUUUUUAAAGUGUAGUAUUUCUUAUUAUAAGAUUACAAUAAGCCAAAUAUAAGAUCAUUAAACAUGUUUCUAGACAUUAUUUCAAGCUUGUAGUUUUCUUCUAUUGGCAGAUCAUUUUGCUUCUUUCUAGAAAUAAAUACUUAAAAUGAGCAAAAUGAUCUGCCAGUAGAACACGACUAUUUCAAGCUUGAAAUGAGCAUAAAUGGCUUGAAAAAGGAUUAAUGAUCUUAUAUUUGUUGUAUUGUGAUCUUAUAAUAAGAAAUAUUAGAUUGAUUUGACUAUAUUCAAGGUAUUUUCACUUGCUAAGAUGCUAUUUUGAGUAGUGUGGACUACUGAUCAUGAGUUAAAAUCCCAGCACUGCCAAGCCACCACUGCUGGGCCCUUGAGCAAGACCCUUAACCCUCAACUGCUUAGUUGUAUAAAUGCAAGUCACCCUGGAUAAGGGCGUCUGCCAAAUGUCAUAAAUGUAAAUGUAGUACGUUAUAACCGGACAAAGCAGAAAGCCUUCCAUCCUUCCAUAAAUACUUAAGUUAAAUACCUUAAAUUACAGCUUUAAUCCUGACUGUUACACUGACACUGGAGACUUCCUUGCAAAAAAAAAAUAAAUAAAAAAAGCUAAAAAAUAUGUAAAUCUUCAGAACUUAGCUCUUUUUUAGUUCCCUGGUAGGCUGAUUAGUGGUUAGCAAGCUAGCAGUCUACAUAAGUCCUUUGACUGUUUAAUAUUUUAAGACCAUAGAAUGAUAAGGUUCUAUCUGACAAUACUGUGAUUUUAAGAUCUUGAGCCAUAAAGUACUUGAACCUUUUAGAAGUUUUGAACGUCCAUAAGGUUAAUGUAGAUAGCUCUCUCUCUCUCUCUCUCUCUCUCUCUCUCUCUCUCUCUCUCUCUCUCGAUUUUUAUGCUUUUAAUUAAUAAUUUGCUUUAAAGCUUAUGUGCAAACAUAUAACUCAUAAAAAUGACGUUUGGCCAAAAAAAAAAGUCAGACACAACCUUAAAAUUCCAAAGUCUGUAAAAUACAGUUUCUCAUCUUUCAUUAGCUUCUGAAGUUUUUCAUUGAGAUAUUGCUGUAACUACAAUAAAACACAAAUGACUGAAUAAACAUGUGACUGUUCAAACAGGA